AUGGCACCCCCAGAGUACUGCGUCAUCCAAGACGGCGACCUCUCCCUCGCUGAAUCUGGCGCGAUAAUAGAAUACAUACUCACCAAAUAUGGCGGUCAGAGCAAGAGCAAAAGCAAGAACAAGCUUGUUCCCGAAUCCACCUCAGAGCGAUACCCGGAUUACCGCUUCCGGUUCCACCACACAAACACCUGGCUCCAAUCCGCCUCCAUGACGCUGAUGAUAGCCAAAUUUGCCCGCCUAUCCGAGGAUAAUGCGCUGUUCAAAGCGAUGAAUGCGCAGUUUAACGUGAUCUGA